GUGCUGAAACCCACAGGGACGCAGCCCGGUGCACUUUACUGUCACUGCAGGCGCUUAAUUCUAAUUAUACGGUCAAAUGGUCCCAUUAUAUCCACCUUAUGCACAUGACCCACGCUUGUGACAAACCCACCAGGUGACAGGGACCAAAUUGGGAAAUCGAUUUGAACAAGUCCAUCGAUUGGAUAGACUAAACGGUUAGUUCUGGUAGGUAUGGUCGUGAUGAAGACUGUCCACGGGUUGCGCUCCAGGCGGUUACACAACAAGUCUGUGAACGCAAGAACCGGAUGAAGCGGAGUGUGACCGGGACCUGCAGGAAGAGAGUCCAGCUCACUGUACAACCGGCUGUUUUCUCCUGGAGAAACGCUCCCAUUGUAUAUGUGUGGAAUCUGAUCAUCACGGACAUGUGAGGUGAAAUAAAGCAUUUUUAUGCCGCCUGAUCAGACGGAACAUGGCGGAGGCGGACACUACGGGAGACGACUGUGGCGCUGCUCCGCCCGACGACGAGUACGAGUGUAAAAUAUGCUACAACUACUUCGACCUGGAGCGCCACCGGCCCAAAGUGCUGGGCUGCUCUCACACCUUCUGCCUGGAGUGUCUCGACACUUUGCACUUUCGGGAGGGUCGAGGAUGGAGGGUCGCUUGCCCCGUGUGUCGCCACCGAACACCGGUACCGGAUUAUCGGGUUCUCAACCUCCCGGACAACACGGAGCUGACCGAGGCGCUGCCGCUCAGAGAGCCUCCGCCGGUGGACGCGGAGCAGCAGACGGCUCCUUCCGUGUCCGCCGCGGCCACCCCGGAGAGCGGCUGUGAGACGUGCAAACAGGUCGCCUUCACCACCUUCUGUGUGUGCGCCAUCUUCUCCUUCCUGUCCAUGGUGGUGCUCCUGUUUCUGGGCCUCAUCUUCGUACAUAACUUCAGCCACAUCGCGUCUCCGGUCGGCCCGGUCUGUCUGUUCGUAGCGAGCAUCCUGGCGCUGUUCUCCCUCAUCCUGACCUGGUUAACGUGCAUGCUGAAGUAUCGGGCUGAAACUGAAGCCAGCAACUUCAGUUCCCUCACCUCUAAUAUAAUGUGAUCCUCUGGCUGCACACUGUAAUAUAUGUUCCAGAGAAAUUACAGUACUUUUAAUGGCAGCUGUGCUGUUACAGACAUUUUACUGUAUUUUAACAGUAUUAUACAGUGAAUCUACAGUAAAAUAUGACGUUCACUGUUUAAUGCUGUAACUUUCUAAUGAUAUACUGUGUUUAUAUUGUGUUGCCACUGUAAACAUCAUAUAACUGUAAUUACCUGUAAACAUUUUCUUCUUUGAAAAUGUACAAACACUACUGUGAAUUGCACACAUAUACCAUAAAUAACUGUGUGUUGUUAAUAAUUAUGAUCCAAAGUUGAGAUCUACCAAAUUUAAGAUUUAAAAAUGUAUAUACAACAAAAACACCCAAAACAAUAAAUAAUAAAGGAUCAGGCAACUUCUA